AUGUCCAGUGAAAGAGCUUGCAUGCUAUGUGGGAUAGUUCAGACCACGAACGAGUUUAAUAGAGAGGGUUGUCCUAACUGUCAAGGUAUCUUUGAAGAAGCAGGUGUUUCCACGAUGGAAUGUACCUCGCCAUCAUUCGAAGGCCUCGUUGGGAUGUGCAAGCCUACCAAAUCAUGGGUGGCAAAAUGGUUGAGUGUGGAUCACAAUGUUGCGGGCAUGUACGCCAUCAAGGUCGAUGGUAGGCUUCCGGCCGAGGUCGUGGAGCUGUUGCCUCAUUACAAACCAAGAGAUGGUAGUCAAGUUGAAUAA